CCAACACACACCGCCGCGCGUGUGAGUGUGGAGUAAGUAAGCGCGAGAGCUGCAGCAACAGCAGCAAAAUCAGGAGCCCGCGCCACGCAGCACUGAAUCCGCGAGCUGCCGCCUUCGCUUCCUCCUCCUCCUCGCCGUCUUCUCCCUGUAUGGAGCUUUCCGCUAUCGGGGAGCAGGUGUUUGCGGUGGAAAGCAUCAGGAAGAAGCGCAUAAGGAAGGGUAAAGUGGAAUAUCUUGUGAAAUGGAAAGGAUGGCCCCCCAAAUACAGCACAUGGGAGCCAGAGGAUCACAUUCUUGACCCUCGCCUGGUGAUGGCUUAUGAAGAGAAGGAAGAGAAAGAUCGUGCCUCAGGUUACAGGAAGAGAGGCCCCAAACCAAAACGUCUUUUGCUGCAGAGGCUGUAUAGCAUGGACCUGCGAAGCGCACACAAAGGGAAAGAGAAACUCUGCUUUUCUCUGUCCCGGCGGUUUGGGGGAGGAGGAAACAGCCUAGCCAAGGGAGGGCAGACUGAGCUGCCCGAGAAGAGUGGGGCAACUGUCUUGCCCUUCCCGCUCCGGAAGCAGAGCAAGAACCAGAAGUACCUGCGCCUUUCGAGGAAGAAGUUCACCCGCAUGGCGAGCCUGGAGAAUCGGAACCGCCGGCGGGAGUUCUUCCUGAAGGAGCCAGUGGCGUUGGAGGAGAGGCAGACCCCCAGCAACUGGGAUGAGGCCACUCAACCUGCCAGCAAAGAGGUGAGCUCCGAGGCAGCAGAAGGCAAUCUUUCCUGGAGCCCCGCCCUGCCGCCAAAUGAAGUGACAGUGACAGACAUCACAGCAAACUCCAUUACCGUGACUUUCAGAGAAGCACAAAUGGCAGAGGGCUUCUUCCGAGACAGGAGCAUCCCGUUCUGAAUCUGCAUUUUUCUAUUAUUAUUAUUAUUUCAUCGUUUUUCUUUUCUUCAUGCUCGGGAGAUUUCUGUUUCUUUUUCGUUUUGUUUUUCA